CCUAUACCAAAUGGUCAUUGCAAACCCAAUCUAGCAUUCAGCGAAGUACCUGAGGAUAUGAGUCGAUCUGAAAGGGAACUAGUUAAGAUAAGGUGCCCAUUCAAUGAUCACGAUGCUUCCCUUAGAUGGUACAAAGAUGGACAAAGAUUACAUUUAGGUUAUGAUAAUGGCUUUUUAAUACAAGAAGAAUACAACCAAUUAACAAUUAUAAGCUUUAGAGAAAUACACGGAGGACAUUUCAAAUGCGCUGUAUUCUCCGGAGAAACGGAAUGUUUAAGUUCAACGUUUACUAUAACUUUCAACCCUCAUCGUUACUUCAGCGUUUUCCCCAUCGAUGCGUAUAAAAACAUCAAUGAUGAGCACAUAUUUCACUGCUCUCCAAGAGAAAGUGCAUCUAGUGUAGUGUGGGAGAAAGAUGGUCAACCAUUGCAACAAGGAAACUUUUAUAUCCAACAAGGGAACCUAAAUUUGACGCAUAUAGAUGAAGGAGAUAGAGGGAAGUAUACUUGCGUUGUUCGUGAUGAGCAUGGACGGACUCAGGGUCGCGUAGAUGCCUGGCUUCAUUUGAGUAAUCCACCUGAGAUUGACAUUUCGCAAGUUUGUGGAAAGAUUACCUUCUGGCAGGAAGCACAGACUACUCCGUCUCCACGAGUAAAUGUUCGCACCGAACCAAUGGACGAAACAGGCUUUGGUUGGAGCAGCGACGCUGUAAUAAUAAACCAAGCCCGUGUGGUAGGGGGGACAGAAUCAAAGUAUGGUUCGGCACCCUACAUGGUACGGAUCGAGAGAUACACUUUUAAUUAUGGGUUGGAGCCAGAGUGGACUUCUAUCUGUGGUGGUACUAUCCUUGACCAGAGGUGGGUAUUAACUGCCGCGCACUGCAUGUUCGAUAAGCAUGGAAACAGAGUUCGGAAGGAAGACGUGAGGAUAAUUUUCGGUGACUAUGACACAGUACUACCAGACAAGUUUCAAGAGACCCACUAUCCAGCUGAAAUUAUUUGGCACGAGGAUUAUAACCACACGAAAAAUGAUGACAACCUGAGAAAUCAUGACAAUGAUAUCGCUUUGAUGCGUGUAGAUCCACCACUAUGGAGCUUCAAUUCGUACAUUCGCCCAAUUUGCCUUGCACCUGGUGCUCUGGCCAAUCGUCUCUUGGGCAUGCUGGAAGAGUCUGUUAAUGGACUCGGACGCGUUAACGGAUGGGGUCAAAUAGCGGAGAAGGCCAGUAGCAGUCGGUUUAUGAAAGAGGUAGAAUUACCAUUUGUUGAUCGGCAAGAUUGUCGACGAAGUCUAGUCAAACAAGAUGGAUCAGAGGAAGGAAUAUUUACAAAUAACAUGUUUUGUGCGGGUUAUCACUCAACUCUACGGGACUCCUGUCACGGCGACAGUGGAGGUCCAUUUGCCUUUCGUCAUGAUGAUGGUCGGUGGUAUCAGUUAGGGAUUGUAAGCUGGGGUAUCGGAUGUGCUAGAGAGGGAGAAUACGGAUUCUAUACACAAAUUUCGAGAUAUCUCCACUGGCUUCGUUCUAAAAAUGUCACAGUUGCAUAUUCUAAAAACGUCGAGCAACGGUUCAACGAGAGUAUUCGUGGAGCGGUAGAACUUGCCUUUACAGUGAAAUCACCCAGCAACUUGAACGUAGAAGCAGGUACCGAAGUCAACCUGGAAUGUACACCUAACAGAGAAGAUGCAUCACUUCAGUGGUUCGUUGGAAACUUUCCAGCGAAUCAGCUAGCAGAAGGGGUGCGUAUCCUGCCUUCUGGGCUGGUCUUUCACUUUGAUGCCAUCGAGGAGAUCUAUGCUGGAAAUUACUCGUGUGUGGCUCAAGUCAACGAUGAUGAUGGAGAGCAAAUCAUCCGUGCAGAAUUCCAAAUAGAUGUUACUGAAGGAUGAUCGUGAUGACACAACAUGCUUUACGUCGGUGUACUGGUCUGCGGAAGAAGAUAUUCGUCAUAAUUUUUUAAUUAUGAAAAUCCAUUAUGUAGUCAAUAAGCCUCUAUCGUCAUAAGCAACGAUUAUCUUAUCUAUUUUUGCAAUAGCUAGACUUUUGCCUGAAUUGAACAUGUAUAAAAAGUUCAAGUAUCAGACUUUCUUUACGUAAAAAGGCGGCAAAUAUUAUGAAAUUACACACAUAUUGCGUGCCCAACUGUGAGUAAAUAUAAUGCUCUUCAUGACCACAAUGCCAUGGUACACCAUGAAAAUAUACAUCAUUCACACGUUCGUUCUCUAAUAUUUAAUAAAACAGUGUUUCGAAUUUUGAAAGUGUUUUAGCGAAUAAUAUUUCAAGUGAAUUUCCUCCAUUAGAUAUGUACAUGAAUUGUCCACAAAAAUAAAAUAUGUAUAUUAUAGUUCCUGUCAAAUAAAUGAAAUUGAUUAAAAUAAUGACUUGCAUAUCAAAUAAAAGUAUAUUUUUUCGUUCAAUAGCUAUGAUAUGGAUAAUUAUGUCACAUGAAUUUGCUAAAAUGCAAAUGUCCAAGAAUGCAUCAACAUCAUUCAGAUUUAUUGAUGAAAUAAAAGGUUAUUGUCUUGUUCUGAAUGGUUUGGUUGAUGCUACAUGAACAAGCUUGAUUCCAUAAAGAAACAACCAGAAAUGUACGGAAUGUGUACUCCUAAAACAUUUUUCGUUGAAUAAUUUUGUGUUUCCUAAAUUCUAUUACAUUAUAGUUUUAGUUGUUCAGUAAAGAAUUUCGGAAUAUCAUAAUAAUAUAUCCUUGAAGAAGAUCCUAAAAGAGACGAUGGCUUGAUUCCGAGUUGUGAAAGGCAGACAUACACAUUAUUGUUCCCGCGUAUAUUUAUCAAAAAUGAGUUUAUAAUGGAUAAAAUAGACGAUUUUUACAAAAUUAUUUAUUUAAUUAAUCGGAUUCCUUACAUUUAAGGAGGGAAUUGCUUUGUUUUAGCUUGUGUUUAAAUAAGUCAAUAUGGAGGAGAGAUUUGUGAGCGUAUGUGGGGUGUGUCUGAAGGUGUGCUUUGGUGCGUGGAUUGCUCAUUGCAAGGAGAUUUUAUAUUACAUUUGUUUUAAUACUUAUAUGAUAUAACUUCUAUGUAGAAAACGAUAUGAUACGAAAGUUUGUUCGACGGGAGGAACAGAUUUGGCAGGCAAAUUUGAGGUCAUGUUUAUAAAUUAUAUACAUGUAUGAACCCUCUCCUCCUUGGCCGGGCUUCUAUUCCUAUCUUUUUAAAGUGAUAAGCUUUAUCAAUGGGUUUAAAUCAAAUGGCCGAAACUGACUAAAACACAAACAUGACAAAUGUGUACAAUUAUAAUUUCAUCGUCACUUCUUUUGUCAUCACUUUACAAUUUUCUAUUUAUCACUUACAAUUAUGUUAACAAUCUUCUCUGUAUAAAUCCUAAUAUCUACUUUACUUUGUCCUUCCUGUUCAUUCAAGUAAUUAAGUUUCAGAAUGCCCGUGUUCAAGAUGUAUUGUUUUUGUUUUUGGUCUAUAUUUUACUGCUAUCUUUGCGUAUAUUCUAAUUAUAAUACAUGUAAUUCUAAAGCAUUUCAGUAUUUAUAAUCUGCUUGUUUGAAAACAAUGCGUUAGUGGAAUACAAAAGAGAAUAAGUGACAACUACAAUUAAAGACUGGCAGACGCAUUCCAUAUUAUAGCUACUGUCAAAUUCUAUGAUAAUUUAAUUGCUUUGAUGGUCUAUGUUAAAUUUUUUAUUUGGAUACCAAAUUUAUUUCUGUUCGGUUAAAAAAGAGAAUGAUGAUAAUGAUAAAAACAGAAUUCAAAACUCUCUGUCCCAUCGGUGUACAGUGUAGCCGGUUUCAUUAUAUCAACUUUGAUUGUUAAAUAUGACAAAUCAAAACUUUGUGCCUAUAAACAAUAAACAAAUCUAAACAAAAUGGUAA